CGCAAACUUUCUCGCCUUCACCGGGAUAUAUUUGCAAAUUAUGUCCAAACGAUGAUACGAGGUUCUUGAUCUCUUCACGAAUCUGCAAGCACUGCGGAAAUUGUGACCGGCCAGCAAAGCCUGAAGCUAUUCGUUGAAGUCAGCAGACAAUAUGUCGGACUAUCAGCUCUACCACUCUCUGGGCCAGGGAGGCCCGAAUGACGACCCUAACAACCCCAAUAAAGCCUCCCAACCUGCUCCUCCUCAAUUUCAGCAUCCAGUUGCUCCUUCGCCCUACCAACAACCCGGCGCAAACUUCAAUGCGCCUGGACAGACCCCGCAGUACAACUCUCAAAUGGGACCGCCCUCGCCCUAUGGAGCCCCUCAAGGGCAAGGAUACUUCCCCGAUCAAGGCACACAAUUACACGAUGGAGGAUUAGCUGCUCAAAUGGGAGGGCUAGGUCUUGGAGACGUUAGCUCGCACGGAAAGAAGAAAAAGAAGGACAAACACGCCUACCACACUGUCGAACCCACUGGCUCUUCACAAGCUUUCAAUGGCAUGCCUCAGGGCGGAGUACCUCCAUCGGCAUACCUAAAUGCGGAUCCAUCAGUAAUGCCAGGUCAAGGUCAAGGAGGGCAAUUCUUAAACCAGCCGAUCACUCCACAAAUGUCGCAGUUCCCAGCUCCGGUCAACGCCCCUUUCAACCCAGCCAACCCUUCUUCUCCUGCCGAAUUUGCGUCGAGAAAUGGCACAACUGAUCCUGGAUUCUCUGCAAAUAUGCAGACGUCAGCACAUGGUCGAGUCGACCCAGAUCAAAUCCCCAGUGUACCCAGAUCUCGAGACGCCAUUUCUCAAUACUACCUCAGUCAUGUAUACCCAACCUUCGAACAUCACUUACCGCCUCCUGCCUCUGUCUCGUUUGUUGCCUUUGAUCAAGGAAACUCCUCUCCAAAGUUUACACGCCUCACCAUGAACAAUAUCCCAUCCACAUCAGACUCACUUCACUCGACCGCGCUACCACUUGGGCUGCUGUUGCAACCUCUUGCGCCUUUACAACCCGGUGAGCUUGAGAUUCCGGUAUUAGAUUUUGGAGAAAUUGGUCCACCAAGAUGCCAUCGGUGUCGAGCGUAUAUCAACCCAUUCAUGGUUUUCAAGUCAGGUGGAAACAAGUUUGUCUGCAACAUGUGCAAUUACGCGAAUGAUGUUCCUCCUGAGUACUUCUGUGCAACAACACCCCAGGGCGCUCGUGUUGAUAGAGAACAACGACCUGAGUUAAUGCGUGGUACGGUAGAGUUUUUGGUUCCGAAGGAAUACUGGUCGAAGGAGCCAGUUGGACUGCGGAUACUGUUUCUGAUUGAUGUUGGCCAAGAAGCAUUUAACAGGGGCUUCUUGGAAGCAUUCUGUGAAGGCGUUAUGGCUGCUCUGUACGGUGGAGAUGACAGCCCGGCAGGAGACGGCCAGAUCAAGCGCAGAAUUCCAGAGGGAGCGAAGGUUGGCUUUGUCACUUUUGAUAAGGAUAUUCAUUUCUAUAAUAUGAACCCGGCUCUCGAUCAAGCGCAGAUGAUGAUCAUGCCAGAUAUCGAGGAUCCAUUCGUGCCUCUUGGCCACGGAUUGUUUGUGGAUCCAUACGAAGCGAAGUCAAAUAUCACUUCACUACUGAGUCAACUGCCCGCAUUAUUUUCGGAGAUCAAGAAUCCCGAACCAGCACUGCUCCCCACUUUGAAUGCUGCAUUGGCUGCACUUGAGAAGACUGGUGGAAAGAUCAUCUGUUCCUUGUCUGCACUACCAACUUGGGGCCCUGGACGUCUGUUCCUUCGAGAUGAUGGUAAACAGCAUGGUGGUGACGCCGAGAAGAAGCUACUCGAUACCGAGCACCCUGGCUGGAGGAAAGCUGCCGACAAGAUGGUUCAAGCAGGAGUCGGUACAGAUUUCUUUUUGGCUGCUCCAGGCGGUGGGUACUUGGACAUCGCCACAAUUGGCCACGUCUCAGCAUCCACGGGAGGAGAGACAUUUUAUUAUCCCAACUUCGUGUCACCACGCGACACUGAGAAGUUGUCCCAGGAGAUUAUACACACUGUUACACGAGAGACUGGAUAUCAAGCGCUGAUGAAAGUCCGAUGUUCGAACGGUCUGCAAGUACAAUCAUACCACGGAAAUUUCAUCCACCAUACUUUUGGUGCCGACGUAGAGCUUGGCACCAUCGACUCCGACAAGGCUAUGGCUGUUAUCUUCAGCUAUGAUGGAAAACUAGAUGCCAAGCUCGAUGCACACUUUCAGAGCGCAUUACUUUACACAACGGCGACUGGGGAGCGGAGAGUGAGGUGCUCGAACGUGAUCGCGAGUGUCAGCGACAAUGCCAAGGACUGCAUGAAGUUUGUCGAUCAAGACGCUGUCUAUACUCUGAUGGCGAAGGAAGCCGCUUCCAAGAUGACGUCGGCUUCGUUGAAGGAUAUACGUGGAGCUUUGACAGAAAAGAACGUCGACAUCCUCGCCGGAUAUCGGAAGAACUUCUCUGGUUCUCAUCCUCCAGGUCAACUGGUCCUUCCCGAGAAUCUCAAGGAGUUCAGCAUGUAUAUUCUAGGUCUCAUCAAGUCACGCGCCUUUAAAGGCGGACAAGAACCAACUGAUCGACGAGUCCACGAUAUGCGGAUGAUCAAAGGAAUGGGAGCACUCGAGUUAUCGUUGUAUCUCUACCCCGGCAUGAUUCCAAUCCACAACCUCGCUCCCGAAGACGGAUUUCCGAAUGCUGACGGCCAUCUGCACAUGCCACCCUCAAUACGUUGCUCCUUCUCGAGAGUCGAAGAUGGAGGCGUCUACCUCAUCGACAACGGCCAAAACUGCUACUUAUGGAUGCACGCCCAAACAUCACCCAACCUAAUUGCCGAUCUCUUUGGCGAAGGAAAAGACAGUCUCAAAUCCCUUGAUCCAUACAGUUCCUCCCUACCAGUCCUAGAAACCCAUCUCUCGGCCCAAGUACGGAAUAUACUGGAGUACCUAAAGACGAUGCGAGGUUCGAAAGCCUUGACGAUACAGCUCGCGAGACAAGGAUUGGAUGGCGCGGAAUACGAGUUCGCGAGGUUGUUGGUGGAAGAUCGGAAUAACGAGGCGCAGAGUUAUGUCGAUUGGUUGGUGCAUAUCCAUCGGCAUGUUCAGCUGGAGUUGACGGGACAGAGGAAGAAGGAAGAUAGUGGUGAGAACUCGAUCGCGUCGAAUUUCGCGGGACUGAGACCGCCGUAUUGGUAGGGGAGCAUGGGACAAGGAGGGAUUGUAUGAUUGAUUGAGUGUAGUGUGGGUUGGAGUUGGGUAUUUUAGCGUGCAUUAGAAAAGCUGAUGAUUCUGCAUCCUUUCUCGCUAUUUUGCUGGAAUCCCUUACUGUUGGCAUCAGAUCUGGUCAGCUUUCGGUCUAGAUCAAGGCGGAUCUGAAGCAAAGAAAGUUUCCGAGUCGCGUAUAUAGGUCACAUCACUAAGUCGAAUGAUAUAUGACAGCACGCUUCGGCUCGGGUGGAUUAUAAGUAUCCAUUUUGGGCAUCUUGAAGUGGACUGAAGUCGAGUUGUACAUGGUCG